CACACCAGAAUUUCCGGGAUACUUGCCUAAAUUUCAAGGCGAUGGUACACGAUAAUGUAUACUAUUAUUAAGAGGAAGUCCUGCAAAAUUUCCGGUUCGGAGAAUAAUAAUAGUAGUGGUAACUUUGCCUAAAAAUUUGAGCGCAAAAGGGCAAUGGGUUAAACAGAAGAAUCGCCGGUUCAGUAGUCGAAGUCUGCGGUCUGCGGCCGGAUCCAGCUGGCGUCAUCAGCGUUUCCGGCUCCUCGGCAGUGGGCAACCAAGUCCUCCGGUCUACACUCCACAGACCGGCCCCACCCAACAAUGGCCUUGACCGGUUCUGCACCCAUCCAACGGGCCAACGCCCGCAUAAAACAAAAAACCCCGACUCCUCAUUAAAUCCCCUCACGGGCCUGACCGCUGCCCCCAAACCGGUCCAUCCGGUCAUCCAAUCCAAUCGACUCUUCACCCACCUAUAUAUUCCUUGUUUCCCAACUCAAACCCUUCCCACCCUUCCCCGACUCGGUCUUUGUCACGAGAAGGAUUAAUUGUACUACUACUAAAUACGAAAUCCGACCGAACCCAAGUAAGUUAUGUAAUCCCUUUUCCUCUUCUUCAUAAAAAAUUUGAUUAUAUAUUAUUUGUACCUUAGCAGAAUUAAUAUUGUUGUACCUUUGGGGAUGUUCUUGAAAAGGGGAGCAUGUACAUUUGUGGAGUGAUAGAUAUUUAAUGAAGUACAAAGGGUCCUAGUGAUUGUUGUGUUAUUAUGUUUUUGGAUGAAAAUUAAAACAUGGCUUCAGAUAUGGAACUGGUACCUGUGACAUCACAAAAACAUGAUCCUGCAUGGAAGCACUGUCAAAUGUAUAAGAAUGGUGAAAGGGUUCAGCUCAAGUGUGUGUAUUGUGGGAAGAUUUUUAAGGGUGGUGGAAUCCAUAGGAUUAAGGAACAUCUAGCUGGGCAAAAGGGUAAUGCCUCUAGUUGUUUGAGAGUUCUGCCUGAUGUUCGCCUUCUAAUGCAAGAGAGCUUGAAUGGGGUUGUUAUGAAAAAGAGGAAAAAGCAAAAACUUGCUGAAGAAAUAACCAAUUAUAAUGUGGAUAAUGCUAGUGAAGUUGAUGCUUUGACUAUUAAUAAUUGCGGUCUAAACACUGAAGUUAACUUGCUUCCUGUCCCAGAUACGCUUGAACAGGACUCGAAUUUUUUUGUGGGUAGGGAGGAAGGAGGAGGAGGAAAUAAAGCAAGUGGUAGGAAGAAGAAGGGGAGAGUUAGAAAACCAUCUAGUUCUGUCAAUCCUAAUGCAAUUGUUGCUUGUAGUAAUGCAGCUAUAGCUACGAAAAAGGUGAAUAAUCAUGUCCAUAUGGCAAUAGGGCGGUUUUUGUUUGACGUAGGGGUACCUUUAGAUGCUGUGAAUUCAGUUUAUUUCCAACCCAUGAUUGAGGCGAUUGCUUCUCAAAGUGAUGGCGUUGUUGGACCAUCUUACCAUGAUCUUCGGAGCUGGAUCUUGAAGAAUGCAGUUCAAGAAGUUAGAAAUGAUAUUGACCAAUACACAGGUUCUUGGGGAAAGACAGGAUGUUCUGUAUUGGUAGAUGAAUGGGUUUCAGAAAAAGGUAAAACUUUUGUAAGUUUCUUGGUAAAUAGCUCCGAAGGGACAAUGUUUUUCAGGUCUGCAGAUAUAACCAACUUGAUAAACUCUGAGGAUUCUCUGUUUGAAUUGCUUAAGGAGGUGGUAGAAGAAGUUGGUGUGAGAAAUGUGAUGCAAGUAAUUACUAAUAGUGACGAGCGAUAUCUUGCUGCUGCUAGAAGACUGACUGAUUCUUAUCCCUCUGUAUUCUGGACUCCUUGUGCUGCUCACUGCAUAAGUUUGAUGCUUGAGGACAUCAGCAGGCUUGAGUGGGUAAAAUCAGUACUUGACCAAGCCAGAACAAUAUCAAGAUUCAUGUAUAAUCAUAAUGUUGUUCUGAACAUGAUGAGACGGUACACUUUUGGAGUUGAUUUAGUUGAUCUGGGAAUCACUCGCUCUGCAACACAUUUUACGACGUUGAAGCGAAUGGUUAACAUAAGACACAAUUUGCAAUCCAUGGUCGCUUCAGAGGAGUGGAUGGAGAGCCCAUACUCAAAGAAACCAGAGGCAUUUGCUGUGCUAGAUUAUAUUGGUAAUCAAUCAUUUUGGUCCACUUGUGCCUUACUUACUCGAUUAGUUGAUCCACUUUUGAGACUUCUGAGGAUAGUUGGAAGCGACAAGAGGCCUGCCAUGGGAUAUGUUUAUGCUGGAGUAUAUCGAGCCAAAGAAACAAUUAAGAAAGAACUCACUGAUAAGAAGGAAUAUUCCACGUAUUGGGAUAUUAUAGAUCAUAGAUGGGAACAACUUCAGCGUCAUCCUCUUCAUGCUGCUGGUUUCUACCUAAAUCCUAACUUCUUUUACAGUACCGAAGGUGAUGUACAUCUUCAUAUCCGUUCACUGGUAUAUGACUGCAUUGAGAAGUUGGUUCCAGACCCAAAAUUUCAAGAUAAAGUUGUGAAAGAGAUAGGUUCUUAUCACAAUGGUGCUGGAGAUUUUGGACGAAAGAUGGCUGUUAGAGCUAGAGAUACUUUACUUCCAGCUGAGUGGUGGUCAACUUAUGGUGGGGGUUGCCCAAAUCUGGCACGUUUAGCCAUCCGCAUUCUGAGUCAAACUUGCAGUUUGAUCUACUUCAAGCGAAAUGAAAUCCCUUAUGAGCAGAUGCAUGAUACCAGAAACUGCUUAGAGCGACAGAGGCUUAAUGACCUUGUCUUCGUCCAAAAGAACUUGUGGUUGAAGCAAAUGGUUCAAAGGAACAAAGAACAGGAUUCAGUUGACCCAAUAUCGUAUGAGCAUAUUUCCAUUCUUGAGGACUGGGUGACGGGGAAACCGUUAUGCUCAGAAGACUUGGAAAGCUCAGAUUGGAUGAUAGUUGAUCCACCUUUAGGCAACACAAUGCUUUUAGGAACACCAAUUGAUGAUUAUGAAGCCCUGGGUACAGGCUUCGAUGAUUAUGAAAUUUUUGAGGGGGUUAAAGACAGUGAAGAAGAAAAUGGAGGAUAACACUGCAGGGUAUUAGUAUGCGAAGGUCUUCUCACUUUUUGCAUGAUGGAAAAAGAAUGAACGCAAGUGGUGCCAACUAAUAUACUUUUGACCAAAUAAAGGUGUGGAAAAAUUGGAUUUGAUGCACCUAAGGAAGUGGAGCAUCAUCUCUUCCCCUCCCCCUAAAGCCGCCCAUUCCUCGACAUAUAAUUGUUUUUGAGUAGAAAGCUUCCUAAAGCCUGUAUCCUCUGGGGAUGAUGCUCGUCGAAAAUAGAGGUUGAUAUCAUGCUUAUGGUGGCUUUAAAUAUUUUCUUAAUGAGUAUCAUUUUAUGUGAUUUCAUGAUUUUUUCCGAGCGCACUUUUGCUCUGUGCAGGAGUGUUGAGUCAGGAUGUGGUUGGACUUUCACUAAAAGUGUAAAUUGGCUUAAUGCCUCUGUACUUUGAAGCAGCAAGAUAGUAAUCCUCUUUCCUGUUUAAGACUCUCUUCAUUGGCCUUGGGAUAAAUUGGAUUGCGUUGAAUCGUGAUGGAGCCAGUAAGCCAACUUUUCUGCAGGAACACAAUGGAAAUUUUCUUCUGGGGCUUGCCAUGCAUCUUGGUCCUUAAUCUGAUAUGAUUGAUGGCUGCUGAUUUACGAGCCUUGCCGGCGGCGCUCAUGUUAGCAGCAAAACACAAAUUCACGGACUUGAUCAUUGGAUCUUGAUUCUCCAGUAAAUGUGAAUAAUCUUGGCAGGCCUCCGUCGGCAAGUCUUGCAGCAACGCUGACGGGUUCUCGCGAGCAUCAUGAUUUGGACCUCUCGCUCAGUAUGCAUGCAUGCCAAUAAAACGCGAUAUUGCAGCAAAUAUUCUCUCCAGGCUCUACGCAUGCAGCUUAGUAGAGCUUUCUUUUCAUGAAGUUUGUGUAGUUCUUGAUCAGCUACCUAUUUGUCGUCUGCUCUCUUUAUGCGACGGUAAAAUCAAACUUCAAAAUCGAUUUCUGAUGGCGUGCAAAUUAGUUUUGCUCAAGUAAUGAAGUUUAUUAUCUUUAGGAAAAAAGAUCCUCUUUUUAGUUAAAGCUUUGUGAGACAUAAUAAAUUUCCCAGGUUGCUUGUACAAUAAUGUAAUUAUCUUUGCAGCCUUUGGUGCUGGUUCCUCUUCUCCUUUUACGGCUGGAACUGCAAAGUCAGAAUCAAAGUAGAGUAUGUAAUGCGUCCGUCACUCGAAUCAAAUAUCUUGAC